GCUUACAUCUAUACAAGUUCUUAUCUGUCAUAAUUAUAUAAGUAAUUGAGAAAGCAAAAACAGUCUUUCUUCUGAUAGAAAGUGAUUAUUUUUGAAGUCAGCGCUGAAGUUUGUUAACUUGUGAAGUAGAAACUUUUCUAUCUCAUAUUUUAAGUGUAUAAUGCUGGAUGAAGAAAGUACUGAAUUGCGUCGCAUGGCAAGCCCUCAGUUGGAAUUCUCAAGGCCAAAGGAAAAGAGGAAUACCAAAGAACAUAUUACGCAGAGAAAUGAAAAUAGAUAUGAGAAGAAUGAACAGAAAUCGUAUAGAACUAGAAGGGAAGGCCCAGGAUAGAGUGGGUUGGAGAAAGCUGGUCGGCGGCCUAUGCUCUGUUGGGAUUAACAGGCGUAAGUAAGUAAUCUUUAUGGUCCAAUUUGUUAAGAUAACUUCUUCAACCAUGAGGAAAAGAGAACAUUUACAGGAAGUCAUGUUACUCGAUAAACUACCUCAAAACUAUGACAUUUACACAUUACUGAAUAUCUUGGCCAAACUGAUUUAGUUCAAGAUGAUCAGUUUAAACAAUUAUUAUAUUGAUUCCUUAUAAAGUCGUGCUCUUUCAUUCUAUUCAUUAACAAUAUAAGAACUGUACGUAAAGUUAGUGGUACAGUUAUUCCAAUAUUUCAAUGGUAAAUUUAUAUAUUUUUUCUUCCUACGUGCAAACAAAUACUAAAUAAAUCUAGACAUAAUCACUUUACUGUAUUGUCAACUUUAGAAAUAAUGAAUUGUGUUGAAUAUUUGUAAUGGUGAACUAGUCAACCAGUAGUUUACGUGUUCGAGAAUAUGGUCGCUGUUAUUAUUCUGAAGCAAUUUGAAUAACUCUCCCGGUCUCCCAUACUGUACGAGCAUUCUAUGAACCUAAAUUAAUGGUUGCUCUAAUUGUCAGAAGGGGCAUCAGCCUCGUGACUUUCGAAGGAACUCGGCUUUCACCAUUAAGUGUCAUAACUUCUCUAAAUGAAGACCUUCUAACUCCCAGGCCAGAAUUUCAAUGGUUUGAAUUGUUUUUCUGGUUAGCGUUUUUUUAGCGAGUUGGUUUUCUACUGAGUUGGGUUCGCUAACCACAUGCCCAACCCUCCUCCCUUAUCCGGACAUGGGACCGGUAGUAGUCCCAGAGGGGCUCCAGGCAGAGUUCGAUUAUUAUUAUUAUUAUUAUUAUUAUUAUCAAUACAUGAGUAAUCCAAUCAAAUCCAAGAACAAAUACGGACUGUACAUUUAAAAUCACUUUUACACUUAUAUCUAACAUGAUUCAUAUAAUUUUCUCAAUAUUCUAGUCAACAUUUAUCUCAGAUCUAAAUUUCGUACUAAAAGUAUAAUGAUAUAAUAGUAAUGUAGUAACCACCAUUCUGAUGAUAAUAAUAAUUCAAUGACAUUGAUUGAUUGUAUCUUUUUCAUUGUAAUAGUGUUUUAUUACUUUAAUUCUAUUUUAAUAAAGAAUUAUGAUUCAUCAUCAAUUUGGCAAUAAGUACAUUCUAAUAGAAUAGUAUAUAAUCACUAGUCAUUAGAAAACUCAAAACCUGAUUUAUGUUUUUAUGUUAUAGAUUGAAUUGGAAAUUAUAUUACUACUAGGCAAUUAAUCCGGGGUUUUUUUUGAGGAUGGUUAUAAUGAAUUAACCAAUAAUAAUCAGGGUGUAUUAGACAGACAUUUUUUCUCUUAGUUUAGGACUUUGUUACAAACCACAUUGUCAACAUGGCUUUUAUGGUGUUGUAUAAAAGUGUUAAACGGCGUAUAUUAAGAUUUAAUGAAGAUGUUGUCAUAUGAAAAUUCAAAUCCCCUUUAUGUAUUCAAUAACAGUUUGUUCUCACUUUAAACUUACUCUGGUCAUUAUCGAGAGUGGUGAGUUGUCAAAUUUUUUUCACGGUAUUUUCUUUAUUAUUUUUGUUUCCUUCAUUUGUCUAGUUGACCUAUUUAUUUUUAUAUAUAAAUGUUCGUAGCUAAUAUAUGUGUGAUCAAACCGUUCGAAAUGUAUUGCGCUAAUAUAUCACAUAGUUCUCGUAAUUUUCGUCUUUUUAUUACACUAUCUCACACUGACAUGACGUAAGUACAACAAUCUUGAAGUGAAAUGAAAUUUGACUAAAUUAUAUUAGUAAGCACCAGUUGUCUUCAUGUUUACAGCUCCUUAUCAAACAAUUGUCAAAAGUGAUAAUAUCUCUUACGAAAUAUCAAAAUGAUUCACUGAAGCUAGAAUAUUCGGAGAUUAAUUAACGGCUACUUCACUAUCAUGUAUAAUUUAUUUUGAUAAGCCUUAACAUUCAUUCUAUUUGAAGACACACUUAAAAAGCUCAAAUUCACAUAGACUAACAAAGUUAUUGUGGAAAGAAACAAAUAUGAUAAAUGUCAGAUGCGAUCUAAGCUAGGCCACCAUUGGAAACAUGGAAGCACUGGACGAUCGUUUCGUGCUAGUAUGAAACCCCUUAGCAGUGCGCAUUUUAAGAUCCCACAUAGAUCGACUCAUGAAUUCAACUAUUAAAAUCACUAAAAUCUCCGAAAAGCCCCAUUCUGAUAAUGACCAUCAUGUGCUCACUAGUGACUGGUUUCAAGAUGGAUUUCCUGGAGAUCUAGUAAGAAGCUGUGACCAGUGGAGUCCAAUCAGUGUUGGGUUGUAACAAUUAUCCACUUCAGAUAAUGGAUGAAUAGUUUUGCAAGAUCACAGAUCGAUUAGAGUUAGACAUUAACACUUCUGGAUGCUGUCGCAGUGAUCUAGAAGUCAAGUGUUCACUCGCGAAACCGAAGGUUCUGGAUCCUAGUCUCUCAUGAGGGAUCAUGGAUGCACACUGCUGAGGAGUCUUAUGCUAAGACGAAACGGCUGUGCAGUACUUCCAGAUUUUAAAUAGUGGUCUAGCUUUGAAUCAUGAAUCAAACUAUUAAAAUUACUACGAUUUCCACAAAUCAUCAUUCUGAAAAUGUCAGAAUACACAUACUUAAAUGUGAAUGAUAAGAAAAAGUAAAAAGUAAAAAUGAAACUUUGAAUUAGCAAACUUAUUACAUUUUUAAGUAAUCUAGUAGAUUUUUUUUAAAGAAAACUAUUGUGACUAUGUGAUGUUUGUAAUGAUUAUUAAAUUUGUAAAAUAUUUUACAAUACAGACUCAAUUGUAUGUUCAGAUGCUUAUAGGUAUGUUUAUCUGACAUGAAAUUAUUUACGAAUAGAAUGUUCUGCACUACACAUUAUUAUUGACAGAUACUUUCGAAGAUAUUCAGUCAAAAAAAAACAUUCAUCAUCGAUCAUAGUAAGUUUUCAACCAAUAAGAACUGAUGUAUAAUGAAGCUUUUCACUGGUAGUUUAACCAAUUUCAACAUAUAAUAAUAAAAGCGACAAAAAACCAUACAACCUCAUUGAAUGUAUCAGAGAUCUUGGAUCUUUUACUCUUGAUUAACCAUUGACUUUGCAACAAACAAUGAUCAAAGAUCUUUUGGUGGAAUAAUCCUAAUUUAAAUGACAGUUUUAUUCAUUCAAUAUUUUUUUCUCAACUGAUCCGAAUUUUCUUAGAAUAUUUGUACUAUUGGGAUUUCGUCUAUGUCAUUUAUUUCUUGAUAAAAUCAAUUUUCUGUUGAAAACAUUGGGUUUACCAUGUUGUUUUGGGUAUAGUGAUCAUGGAAUUUAAAUUAGUAAUUAUCUU